UUUUACCUCCGAAAGUUUGAUGUACUGUCUGUAUUUCUAUUGUGGGCUGAUCUCAGAACUUCGGGGCAAACACGCAAACCACUCUCCCACCGUGCCACUAAUUCUUUUAUAACUCGCAAAAUUAUCAUCAACAUCUAAACUAACUAGUUUGUCUAGUAGCGUGUGGAGGAACUUGUCCUGUCAUUUGUUUGUGUCAGUAUGCUUUUUAAAAGCUUGGAGCAAGGGAGUGUGCCUAGUGUUUCAUGGAAUGAGGAAGAAGUUUCAAUAACUUCAUAACUUUUGUUUUAUUUUUCAUUUUUAUUUCUUCAUAACUUUUGUUUUAUUUUUCAUUUUUAUUUAUAUGUUUUUCAUAUUUAUGAUGCAUUGACAGCCAAACAGAAAGAUAGAGAGUUACAUCCCCCAAAUCAGCAUGGUUUUCAGUGACAAAACUAUAGAAGCUCCUCAAAACACAUCACCCCAAGCACUUUGCAGCUUCUGGAAGAUGUACAGACAUUGGUGAACUUUCCUCUGCACACUGGAACUGUUCCGGCUCCAGGUGAAUCCUUUGGAAAGGUGGUCUCAAAGAGAAAGACUCUGUCAAGUGGACUAUUUGCAUGUGAGUGAGAAAAACAAUGAUGGCCCUUCCAUCGGGCUAUUUUACAUCUGGGAGUUUUCUGUCAACUGCUGGGGCGUUGAGAUUUCCCUUCUCAAAUGCCGUUAAAUACAGCAUCCUUGGAUUGUCAGUCACUCUUCUUCUGGUGGCACUGGGUAUCUUGGCCUGGCAGGCCUUUAGAUGCUUCAAACGCCCAUCCACCAGACGCCCUCAGUCUCAAGCAGUGAAUGGUCAUUUGUUUUACGGAGGCGAACUAACAGGACAGUAUAGAGAAAUUCCAACCAUCAAGGUCGAGGAUUUUGAUGCGAACAUCUUGGGAACUACAAAAGAAACAGGAGACAAAGGGUUUGACGGAUGGCUCCAUUAUUCAUUGUACUAUGACGAGCAGCAGCAUCAUCUUGUGGUUACUAUUUUGAAAGUGGAAGGGUUUCAAGACCAAAAGCCAACAAGCAGCCACCAAUUGUUUGUCCAAAUUAAGCUGUUAUGGACUGGAUGCGAGAAAGAUGUAGCUCACAUUGAUGAAAGGAGUGAAGGGACAUCACUUGCUCUGUGCACAGUGCUGCAGGACUGGCAGACUCGCAUUGUAAAAGGCACCUGUAACCCAUUGUUUGGAGACCAGUUCAGUUGUAUUCUGCGUGAUGAACAACAGCUGGAUCAUAUCGCCCUAAGGAUGGAGGUGAAAAACUUUGACAAAUUCUCCAGACACACAGCAUUAGGGGAGGUGAGGACUUCUCUCGGACAACUCAAUAUCUCCUACCCUCUUGAGCUAAAAGGAAAGCUCAUCACUCCCCGGAAGGAUCUUGUCGGGGAAGUGCUUCUGUCCCUGAGGUUUCUUCCAACGUCUCAGAGGAUUGAGGUUGGAGUGUUAAAGGUUCGAACGAUCCAUAAGGAAAAACACAUGGAUGCAGAUUCAGCUCUCUAUGUCAGGAUCAGUGUGCAGUGCGACCGAUGCAAGUUGAAGUACCAGAAAACAUCCGCAGUGACGCGUGGCACUAUGACUGUCUUCAAUGAAGUUCUUGUUUUCUCCUUGCCAGAAUUUCCUCUUCAGCAGUGUAAAAUUUUAGUUUCUCUUUAUGGGACUCACUUAAGUAAGAAAUCACCAAAGCAACUGAUUGGACAAUUAAUGGUGAAGAAGGACAAGAAUUCUGAAAAUGAACACUGGGAUCUUAUGCUCCGAUCAGUCCGCCAACCAAUUGCAAGGUGGCAUGCUCUGCUUAUCUGAGUUAUUUCCCAGCAACUUUUUCUACAUGUCUUAAUUGUUUUUAAAUUAAGUAGGUAGAAUAAUAUCCACAUAAGAGAGAGAUUUUACCCCCUUCCCACAUAGCACACGCAUUUAAACGUAUUGCGGUGCCUGGCAAUAAUGACGCUCAUAUGUGUUAUAUGUCAUUUAUGCUAACCCUGGGGCUUGGGCAAAAAAAUAAAGCUUAUAAAUAAAUGCAUGUCGUCAAAUAAAACCACGAGCGCAAGCUCAUCUUGAUCAUCCCGAGACGUAUUGUUAUUUUAUAAUGAACAAAACAAUACCCAGAGGAAGGUAGAAUAGCCAAAAAUUUUACUCAUGUAAGAGUAGCGUUAUUUCUAAAUAAUAUUACUCAAGUAAAAGCAAAGGUAGCGGCAGAGUGGUUAGCACGUCUGCUUCACAGUUCUGAGAUCAAGGGUUCAAUCCCUGGCUCUGGCCUUCCUGUGUUGAGUUUGCAUGUUCUCCCCAUGCUUGCGUGGGUUUUCUCCGGGUUCUCUGGUUUCCUCCCACAUCCAAAAAACAUGCAUUGCAGGCUGAUUUAAAACUAUAAUAUUGACCAACUGAUUAAAGGUGUACCCCACCUACCACCCAAAGUUAGCUGGGAUAGGCUCCAGUAGAGCCUAGUUCGGGCCUAAAAAAUCCAGCCCGACCCGACACGGCCCGCCGGUAUUGAGGCCCGACCCGGCCCGAGCUCGAUCACUUAACUAGAUUUGCAGGCCCGAGCCCGAAAAACCCGAUUUUUUUUUUUUUUUUUUUUUUUUUUUUUUUGACUGACGCGGGAAAAACGCAGCAGCAGCAAUUUAUUUUCAUUUCUUCGAGUUGGCAGAAAAAAACGCAAGUUUUCUUAAUGUUUAAAUAAUCUACAUAUUGUUUUGAGAAUUAUCAAAGCAUUCACACAACGAAAUAACGCUGGGAAAGUUUGUUAAAC